GCUGAUAUCUUCAGAGAGAUUUGAUUGUAUUGUAUUUUAGUGUCUUUAUAUGCUCGGUCAAGUUCAUUGCCUAUCUGUAUGCAAUUGCACUGCGUGUUGGCAGAUUGCAUGCAGAUUGUAAAGGUAACAGGUCUGACAGACGAAGAUCUGUGUGUGUAUGGUGUCCCAGCAGGCCAGUUAAAACUGUUGGUAAAACUGUUGGGUGGUGGAAAGCUGCCGUUUGUGGUGUGUCUGGUGUGGUGGUGUGUGGACAGUGGAAGAGUGAUUAACACCGGGGUUCUGGCUUGGAGGAUAACUGGAGGAAUCCUAGAAUGGUGUGUGAUUGCU